CGUUUGAUCAAUGAGCAAUGUAGCAAUUAGUCUUGAAUUUACACUAUUGAGUAACGCACAACAAAAUUGUUUUCUCAUUUAUUUUAUAUUUGAGUCGUUCUCGUUUUGCACAUAUACAUAUUUUCGAUUCAUUAGCCUUAAAAUACCUUUCAUAAAUUUGUGAAAAGUGAAAUCGAGUGUUAUGAACAAUUUGGCCAGUGUGCAAAUUUGAAUGACACAUUCUCUGAUGUGAAAACACACACACACACACCAAUAACAAAUCUCGUGGAAAAUCCAAUUCGAAAAAUUAAAAAAAAAGAAACUAAAUUUCGUAUGCGUUUCAAAUGAAAUUAAUAUUCAGCAUUGUUUAUAAGCAUCUUUGCUUUCUCUAAAUGAAAAACAGAACGACAAAUCUAUUGAUAAAAAUUGAAGUGCAUCGGAAAAUCAAAACGUGAAACUGAAAAAUAAACGAACAAAAAGAAACAAAACAAAAUCAAAUCAAAAUGAGUAAUGAUGCGUUGAACGUGUUAAAUUGGACCGAAGAUAAUGUUUCACAGUAUUUAAAACGAGAGCAAAUUACUGAUACAAAAUUUUUGCAAUGCAUUCACGAUGAAUGUAUCGAUGGCAAAAGUUUGUUAGCGUUGAGUGAACGUGAUGUUCGCGAUUUAAAAUUGAAAUACUCACAUUUGCGAUUGGGUGAUCUCAAGCAUUUUUGGAUUGCUGUGCGCCAAUUGCAAAAAGAGAAUCAUACGAAUUUAGUGAAUUUAGGUUUAGUUGAAACAACAUUCGCUGGCUAUGUCAGUCAUCAACAGCAGCAAACCCAUAAUCAUGGUCAUCAUCAUCACCACCAUCAUUUUUCGUGCUGCUCGGAUAUCAGCGGUUUUCAUGACAUGGAACGAAUAUCACCACCACUUUCUGUGGACGGACGCGCCACCAGUAUUAAACCAGAAAUAUUUAAAACUAUGAUUAGUUUAGGUUAUGCAUUUUUGGUAACAUGGAUAACAGCAUUUGUGAUGGUCGUCGUACAUGAACGUGUACCUGAUAUGAAACGCUAUCCACCAUUGCCGGAUAUUUUUUUGGAUAAUGUACCGCAUAUCCCAUGGGCCUUUCACAUGUGUGAAAUCACCGGAACGUUAUUGUUUUUGAUAUGGACAUGUGUUUUGAUCGUACAUAAACAUCGAUUCGUUUUAUUACGUCGCUUUUUUGCAUUAUCUGGCACAGUAUUCCUAUUGCGAUGCGUUACAAUGUUAAUAACAUCUCUAAGUGUGCCAGGAACGCAUUUGCAAUGCCGACCGGAUGAUUACAUCGUCGACGAUUCAAAUUUACCAAUCGGCGAAUCAGUACUAUUGCGCGUAUCACGAGCAUACACAAUUUGGAGUGGACUGGGCAUGUCAAUACAAGGUGUUCGCACAUGUGGUGAUUACAUGUUUAGUGGCCACACCGUAGCAUUAACAAUAUUAAACUUUUUCAUCACCGAAUAUACACCGCGUCAUUUGUACUUUUUGCAUACGAUGACUUGGCUUCUGAACAUGUUUGGUAUAUUCUUCAUUUUGGCCGCACACGAACACUAUUCUAUUGAUGUAUUUGUCGCAUUUUAUAUUACAUCAAGACUGUUCUUAUAUUACCAUACGCUUGCCAAUAAUCAGGCAUUAACAUCGCAUGACUCAACGCGCACACGAAUAUGGUUUCCAAUGUUCAGUUAUUUUGAAAACUCCGUUGAUGGAAUCAUUCCAAAUGAAUACAGUUCAUUGGAGGACAUUUGUUCGGAUCUCUAUGGCUGCAUAACAAGUACACGUGAUAGUUGCAUGUUGACAGCACGACGUUUUUGGUUGGCCAAUCAACAGCUUGUACCGCAAGAAAUCUCAAAAAAGAUUUUUACAUUCAGUUUUAGCAGAGAUGGUUUGACCGAACCGAUGAUUGCGAAAUCGGGAGCAACAACAAAAACAACCACAUCAACACCAGCACAAAAUCAAGAUAACGGUGGCCAUUUAUUAAAUGAUAUUAAAUCAAAUGAUUCAACUUCCUAUAAUUUCAACAAUUCGCAAUCGACCAAAAAACAAAUUUAAUUCAUCAACAUUAUUUUGUUCAAGUAAAUAAUUAUACUGUUUUCUAUUGUUAUUAAAAAAAAACUUCAUAAACGUUUUUCCAUUUACAAAAAAUUGUUAAGUUGUGUUUUCACAUUUCUUUACUACUCUAUCAGGUGGGGAAAAAAGAAGAAAACAAAUAUUUAUCACGAACGAAUCACAACAUGCUUACAUAAAUUUAUGUGAUCGUUAUUUAGAAUUGAUUCAAUCAAAUCGUUUAGCAGCUUCUUGUUAUUCAUUCAUGGCUAUAUUUGCAAAUAAUACGAAAAUUAUUUUACUGAGUCGGGUGUUUUUUGUUAAAUAUUAAAAGAAAAUUAAAUAGAAAAAAAUUAAACUAAAUUGUUGCCACACUCGCCAGGGUCAUUGACAUUGUUAUUAAUUAAUUGUUUUUUUUUUUUAAUUUCAUGAAAUGCUAUCAAAAAUGCCAAAAAUUAAAUUCAUUUAAUAUAAUCAUAUUUUUAUAAGCCAUUCAAAAUAUUCUACCGUACUCCACCGUUGGCUCUCAAAAUGUGUCUUUAAUGCUCUUCACUUGAAUAAAAUAAGAAAGCACUAAUUUUUAUGAGACCUGAUGAUCACAUGAGUUAAGGUAUUCAAAAUGUGACGAAAAAAAGAAUAUAUCAGAUAUGUCAAUGAGACAUGUAAUUGUUUUCAUCUUAUUGAGGUAUUUACUUACCAUUUUAUGUCUUUUAUCAUUAAUAUUUCUAGAUUGGUUUCUGUAUAUAAGAAAAAGUAGAAAUAAUACAGUAUAAAUCAAAUAAUUUUUAUACUUUUUAUUUAUUUAA